AGGGUAUGUUGUUUUGGCCCUGUAGUGUAUGGUAUAUUCCUACAAUAAGUAAAAGGGGUACAUUGUUGAGGACUGUACCCUAUAUAUGUGAUAUAUUUACCCCAAGACGGCACGCUGAUUCAAAUCUCGACAUUUAAUAUCCUUACAUCCCAUGACUAAAAAGGCUUGGAGCUAAUGUGUGAGUUUCCGACGAGCAUUUGAAUGCCGCAUGGAAAGAGGACAGUGUGCAUAAGUACGAUUUGCGAGAAGACCAAAAAAAAGCUGAAGAUUUUUUUUUUAUAUAAUAUCCACGUGUUUUCAAUUUGACAGACAGACAGCGUUUUUAAUUUCCCGUUCACUGCGUCGCAGUCUACUUAUUACAGCAGUUUUAUUAACAUUACCUUGUAGACAUCCCGCUUCAUUUCUAAAGCCACACCCACAAUGUAAAACACGCCCUUAAAGAGGACUUAUAUAAAGCUAAAAUGUUUAGUAUAUAUAUAUUUUUUCCCCGAUUGAAUCAAAACACGUAAAGAAGACGGUCUGUUAUAAAGGACCCUAACGACCGACAGAAGGUUUAGAGCACUGUGAACCACAUUUCCCAAAGUGCAACACAACAAUACGUCAUAAGUGUGCGUCGGAGAUUGUUUUGAACCGCUGGAAGACAACGCGUUGGACGCAGGUUCACAAUCAAAAAUGUUUAUGCCAAGAGCCCUGAAAGUUAAGAGAGCUGCCCAGGUCUCAGGACAAACUUUGAAUAAGAAAAUCAAGUUAGGCGAGGGGGAGAGGAAAGUUCAAGGCGGUUCAGCAACACCUGUUCAGGAGGAGGACACAUAUGAGGACACCAAACCACAGGAUGAGGCAACACAGGCAGAUGGAGACUCUGCAGGUUUGACUGAGAGCUCAGCGCAAGAUGAUGGACAUAAGUGUGACUCAAAUGACUCUGAGGAGGAAGAGGAGGAGGAGGAGGAACCUGUCAAAUCAUUCAAGAAGAGCCAGAGAUGGCCAGAACCAGGAGAGCCUGUCUGUGUAAUGUGCGCUCGCUAUGGGGAGUACAUUUGUGACAGCACUGACAAUGAUGUUUGCAGUCUUGAGUGCAAAGCCAAACAUUUGGCCCAAAUGGGGAUGGGGAUUGGUGCAGAUGUGUUUACCAGGAAGGACAAAAAUGGAGAUGAAAGGACUCAACCUCAGCAGCCAGCCGUUGACACCGGUGGAGCGGGUGAAAGGGAGGCAUGCUAUUCCUACACCGAGGAUCUGUUCAUAUCAGGCUUAACAGAUGAGCAGGUCCAGAGGAUUAAACAGGAGCUGGGCAUUGACACCCAGGGGGGAGAUGUCAGGAGACCCAUCAUUGAGUUUGAACACUGUGGCUUCCCUGCCACGCUUGGUGGAAACCUGAAAAAGGCCGGCUAUAAGGCGCCGACUCCGGUCCAGAUGCAGAUGGUCCCUGUUGGUCUCAGCGGCAGGGAUGUGAUUGUCAGCGCUGACACGGGCUCAGGGAAGACUGUAGCCUUCCUGCUGCCAGUGGUAGUGAGGGCAAUGGAGAAACCAGCAAGCAGUGUAAGUGGCCCUGUGGCUCUCAUCCUGACCCCCACCAGGGAGCUGGCCAUUCAGAUAGAGAGACAGGCCAAGGAGGUGGUGAUGGGCAUCCCAAACAUGAGGACUGCGCUGCUGGUGGGCGGCAUGCCACUUCCCCAACAACUCCACCGCCUCAAAAGCAGCAUCAAAAUUAUCAUAGCCACCCCUGGGCGACUCAUUGAGAUCCUGAAGCAGAAGGCAGUGCAGCUGGACGAAGUGAAGAUUGUGGUGGUUGACGAGGUCGACACUAUGUUGAAGAUGGGCUUCCAGCAGCAGGUGCUGGAGGUUUUGGAACAAGUCCCAGAAGAACACCAAACUCUCCUGGUGUCGGCCACCAUCCCAACAGGGACGGAGGAGCUGGCGGCCCGACUGGUUCGUGACCCUGUCCGUAUCGCUAUUGGAGAGAAGAACCAGCCCUGUGCCAACGUGAGGCAGAUCUUGCUGUGGUUAGAGGAACCCUCCAAGAAGAAGAAGCUGUUUGAGAUUCUCAACGACAGUAAGCUAUACCAGCCUCCAGUGGUGGUUUUUGUAGACUGUAAACUGGGGGCUGAUCUACUGUGCGAGGCGGUUGCCAAGGUGACAGGCCUUAAUACUGUGGCAAUCCACUCUGACAAGACCCAGCGGGAACGCAACCGCAUCCUCAGGGGUCUUCUGGAUGGAGACUUUGAAGUGGUAAUCAGUACAGGUGUGCUGGGCAGAGGAUUGGACCUAGUAAACGUCAGAUUGGUGGUUAACUUUGACAUGCCAAACGCAAUGGAUGAGUAUGUCCAUCAGAUUGGCAGGGCAGGUCGACUGGGACACAGAGGAACAGCCAUCACCUUUCUCAACAACAACAACAAACGUAUCUUCCUAGAGGUGGUGAAGCGGGUUAAACCCACAGGGUCCAUCUUGCCACCUCAGCUCCUCAAUUCACCCCACCUCCAUGAGCAGCAGAGGAGGGAAAAACAAAAGGCCAAGCUAGAGUCUAAUGACACGCUGGUCACUAAGAACAACCUCUUAGACAUCAUAAAGAAACACGACCGUCGGAAGAAAUAGUCUGUACUACCGAUCAUUCCUGCAAUGGUGUUGUUUAUUUAUUUGGUAAAUGCUGAAUGUUUGUUUAGUUUACAGUUUAUUGAAAAAAGUAAAUGUGAAUUUGACAUAUCUCAAUAAAUGGCUUAAUGUCCGAAAUGUUUCAAAUAGAAGAAGUAUCUUUUAAUCAACAGACUUCAACACAGUUCAGAUAAAGUCUUUCCUGCCACUGUAGUGGUGAACUUAUGUUGUCUUUAUUGUAAAUAAAAUGAGGUCCAGUAAAAAAACAAAUUAAAAACAAACUGCUUUUAAAUGUAUUUG